AUGCACUUCCAACUGACCCUUUUUUUGUACCUUGGGUUGUGCAGUUACACGCAAGCUGAGGAUGGAUGCAGCAGGGGUGUCUGCCACCCCACCACUGGCAACCUGCUAGUGGGUCGCAGUGCACAGCUCUCAGCUUCCUCUACCUGUGGGCUGACGGGAGCCCAGAAAUACUGCAUCCUCAGCUACCUUGAGGAGGAACAAAAAUGCUUCACUUGUGACUCCAGAUUCCCGUAUGACCCAUACUCCCAGCCCAACAGCCACACCAUUGAGAAUGUAAUUACAAGGUUUGAGCCAGACAGAGAAAAGAAAUGGUGGCAAUCUGAAAAUGGUCUUGACCAUGUCAGCAUCAGAUUGGACCUGGAGGCAUUAUUUCAGUUCAGCCACCUUAUUCUGACCUUUAAGACUUUUCGGCCUGCCGCCAUGUUAAUCGAGCGCUCCUCCGACCACGGACACACCUGGAGGGUGUUCAGAUACUUCGCCAAAGACUGUGCUGCCUCCUUCCCCGGCGUCCAGUCAGGCCAGGCCCAGGGCGUGGGAGAUCUCAUCUGUGACUCAAAAUAUUCAGAUACUGAACCCUCCACUGGUGGUGAGGUUGUCUUUAAAGUUUUGGAUCCCAGCUUUGAAAUAGAAAAUCCUUACAGCCCCUACAUCCAAGAUCUGGUGACAUUAACAAAUUUGAGGAUAAACUUUACCAAGCUUCAUACCCUCGGGGAUACUCUGCUUGGGAACAAUUCCCUCGACAAAUACUACUAUGCGCUCUAUGAGAUGGUGGUCCGGGGAAGCUGUUUCUGCAAUGGCCAUGCCAGUGGGUGUGGCCCGAAGCACUCAGGGCGGGGAGAUGUUUUCAGCCCUCCGGGAAUGGUUCACGGCCAGUGCAUCUGUCAGCACAACACAGAUGGUCCGAACUGCGAGAGGUGCAAGGACUUCUUCCAGGAUGUUCCUUGGAGGCCAGCUGCAGGCCUCCAGGACAGUGCGUGCAGAGCUUGUCGCUGUAACAGCCACUCGGACCGCUGUCACUUCAACAUGACGGUGUACCUGGCCAGUGGAGGCCUCAGCGGGGGCGUGUGCGAAGGCUGCCGGCACAACACCGAGGGGCAGCACUGUGAUCGCUGCAGCCCCCUCUUCUACAGGGACCCCCUCAAGGCCAUCUCGGAUCCUUACGCCUGCCUUCCUUGUGAAUGUGAUCCUGACGGAGCCAUCUCGGGUGGCAUUUGCGUGAGCCACUCAGACCCUGCCGUGGGGUCUGUGGCGGGCCAGUGUCUGUGCAAGGAGAACGUGGAAGGAGCCAAGUGUGACCAAUGCAAACCCAACCACUAUGGACUCAGCGCUUCCGAUCCCCUGGGCUGUCAGCCCUGCAACUGUAACCCCCUCGGGAGUCUGCCAGUCUCCACCUGCGAUGUGGACACAGGCCAGUGCUUGUGCCGACCAUUGGUGACCGGACCCCACUGUGAAAAAUGUGCUGUUGGUUACUGGGGAUUGGAAAAUCAUCCCCAUGGAUGUUCACCCUGUGACUGUGAUAUUGGAGGUGCUUAUGCUAACGUGUGCUCUCCCCGGGAUGGGCAGUGUGAAUGUCGCCCACACAUCACUGGCCGCAGCUGCACUGAGCCAGCCCCUGGCUACUUCUUUGUACCUUUGAAUUUUUAUCUCUAUGAAGCAGAGGAGGCCACGCCACUCCAGGGACUUGAGUCUUUGGACUCUGUGGGUUUUGGCCAGAUGUCUGCUGUUCACAUUGUUUUCCGAGAGCCGGUCCCUGGGAUACCAGUUACGUGGACUGGGCCUGGGUUUGCCAGGCUUCUCCCAGGGGCUGGCUUGAGAUUUGCUGUCAACAACGUUCCCUUCCCCAUGGACUUCGUCAUUGCCCUUCGCUACGAAACCCAGUCUGCAGGUGACUGGACUGCCCAGGUCAUGGUGAACCCCCCUGGAGGGAGGGAGCACUGCACACACAGGGCCCUUCAGCCAGAGUCUCAGUCUUUUGACUUACCAGCGGCCUCCAGAAUCGUGCUGCUUCCUACACCCAUCUGUCUAGAACCAAACACAAAAUAUUCCAUAGAUGUCUAUUUUUCUCAGCCUUUGGAAGGAAGGUCCCACGCUCAUUCACACAUCCUGGUUGAUUCUCUUGUCCUUAUUCCACAAAUCAAUUCACUGGAGAAUUUCUUCAGCAAGCAGGACUUGGAUGACUAUCAGCUAAACAAUUGUGUUGAAAUCGCCUCAGGGAUAGGACCUCAGCUGCUCCCUAGCGCCUGUGAGAAGCUUCUUGUCAGCGUGUCUGCCAGGCUGCAUCACGGGGCGGUGCCCUGCCAGUGCCACCCCCAAGGGUCCUCGGGCCCCAACUGCAGCCCUCUCAGAGGCCAGUGCCCCUGUAAGCCGCGUGUGGCCGGGCGCUGCUGUGACAGAUGCUUCGCGGGAAGCUAUGGUCUGGGCCCCCAUGGCUGUCACUCAUGUCACUGCCACCCUCGAGGCUCAAAGAGCACUGUGUGUGACCAAAUAACAGGACAGUGCUCCUGCCAUGGAGAGGUGACUGGCCAGCACUGUGACCAGUGCCUGCCAGGCUACUUCCAGUUUCCUGACUGUCGUCCUUGCCUUUGUAAUGGGUUCUCUGAACACUGUGACCCAGAGACAGGGGCCUGCUUCAACUGCAGAGGCUUUACAACAGGAAGAAACUGUGAAAGAUGCAUCGAUGGCUACUAUGGAAAUCCUUCUGCAGGACAGUCCUGCCGUCCUUGCCACUGUCCAGAUGUUCCCUCAAGCGGUCAGCAUUUUGCCCGCUCCUGUCAUCAGAAUCCUUGGGGCUCAGAUGUCAUCUGCAGUUGUCUUCAGGGUUACACAGGCGUGCAAUGUGGAGAAUGCGCUCCUGGUUUCUAUGGAAACCCCAGCAUUCCAGGAGAGCCUUGCCGGCCCUGCACCUGCACCAACAACAUCGAUGUGAAGGACCCAGAGUCCUGCAACCGGCUCACAGGGGAAUGUCUGCGAUGCCUGCACAACACGCAGGGGCCCCGCUGUCAGUUCUGCAAACCUGGCUACUUUGGCUCGGCCCUCAAUCAGACCUGCACAAUAUGCUCCUGCCAUCCUUCUGGGGUGAGUCCGGCUGAAUGUCCCCCACACCAAGGAGCUUGCCGCUGUGACCCUGACACUGGCACGUGCCCUUGUCUGCCGAACGUCGCGGGCCAGACCUGUGACCGGUGUGCAGAAGGGUCCUGGAAUCUGGUUCCUGGAAGAGGAUGUCAGCCGUGUGAGUGCGACCCCCGGACCUCCCACAGCAGCCGCUGUGACCAGCUUACAGGCCAGUGUCCAUGUAAGUCAGGCUACGGAGGAAGACGCUGCAGUGAGUGCAAGGAGAGUUAUUUCAGCUCGCCGCCCGGCCAGUGUGUGCCAUGUGACUGCAGCAGGGAAGGUACCCAGACGCCCAGCUGCGACCAGGACACCGGCAUGUGCCGCUGCCGUGCGGGCAUCAGUGGCGCACGCUGUGACCGCUGCGCCCGGGGUCAUGGACAGCAGUUCCCUGCUUGUCCUCGGUGUCACUUGUGCUUUGAUCAGUGGGACCACACGGUUUCCUCCCUCUCCGAAGCGGUGCAAGGGUUAAUGAGGCUGGCUGCGAACAUGGAAGAUGAAAGCGAGACCCUGCCUGUCUGUGAGGCCAACUUCAAAGGCCUCAGAGAGAACAUGUCUGAAAUAGAAAGGAUUCUGAAACAUCCUGUUUUCUCAUCUGGGGAAUUCUUAAAAGUCAAGGAUUAUCAGGACUCUGUUCGGAAACAAGUUCUGCAGCUAAAUGAGCAACUGAAAACAGUGGAUGAGUUUCAAAAUCUAACCAAGACAAUAGUACAAAUGAGCAAGACAGCGAACCUCUUAGCUGAAAGUCUUCAGGAAGAAAUUGAUCUGCACUCCCGUAAUACAGCUCAUAAUACAAGCAUCAUGGGUAAGAGAGAAAAUAUCAGGAAUUAUCAUCAGAGAUCAUCUUCUACUGAAAAAGAAACAAAUGAUACCAUUUCCAUCAUAAAUAACUCUCAAAAAAUAAGGAAUGACUUAAUUACCAUCUUUGACACACUCUCCUCAAAAGGAAACUUGUCAUUGGAAAAGCUGAAGCAGAUUAAGAUUCCAGAUACCCAAAUAUUGCACGAAAAGGUGUGCAGAGGAGGAGUGGACACACCGUGUGUGCUCCCGUCCUGCCGAGGCCGGGGCUGCCUGGGCUCCCUGGUCCUUUCCAGAAAAGCCCUCCAGAAAGCAAAGGAAACAGAAGCCUUGGUUCAUAACUUCAAACAUCAUGCUCAAGGGUUAAAGAAUCAGGUCAAAAAUAUAAGUAAACUGGCAGAAGUCUCCAAAAAUAAUGCCUUUCAACUAAGGGAGAAACUGAAGAACAUGAAAAAUCAAAGCACAUCUCAAGAAGAAAAUAUGAAUCUUUUAAUCAAAAAAAUAAAAAAGUUUUUGUUAGAGGAAAACGUGCCUCCAGAGGACAUAGAGAAGGUUGCAAAUCGUGUACUGGACAUCCACCUACCAAUAACAUCACAAAAUCUAACCCAUGAACUUGACAAAAUAUGGAAACUUACACAACUCUGUGAGGACUACAGGACAGAUGAGAGCAAGCUAAAUAAAGCAGCAGGUGAAGCCCAAAAGCUUUUGAUGGUGGCAAAAGUAGCUGAAAAAGCAGCAAAUGUUCAACUAAAUCUUGACAAGACGUUGAAUAAGUUGCAACAAGUUCAGAUCACUCAAGGACAGGCAAAUUCUACCAUCACACAGCUGACUGCCAAGAUAACAAAAAUUAAAAAGAAUGUUCUGCAGGCUGAAAAUCAAACCAAAGAGACUAAGAAUCAGCUGGACUCAGCAAAGCAACCAUCAGAACUGGAGGAUGGACUUUCCCAGCUAAGAUCUAAGUUGCAAAGAAAUCAAGACAAAGCUGUCAGUGCAAAAGCUCAAGCUGAAUCAGCCCAACGUCAGGCUGGGGGCCUGGAGCAGGGGUUUGUCAUGCUGAAAAGUCGCUAUGCGGUUCUGCAACAUAAGACACAUGCUACAGGCCUGACAGAAGAAACCAUAGGGAAAGUCAAACAGCUAAAGGACGCAGCACAAAAAUUGGCCGGAGAUACAGAGGACAAGAUGAGAAGGAUAGAAGAUUUAGAAAAGAAGAUUCAAGAUUUGAAUUUCAGUAAACAAGAAAAAGCUGAUCAACUAAAACAGUUGGAAGAUCAAGUCAUUGCCAUUAAAAAUGAAAUUGUUGAACAAGAAAUUAAAUAUUCCACCUGUUAUACUUAG